CAAUAAUUUUAAUAAACAACAGGUUCUUAAAGAUGUUGCAGAAAUUUGUGUAACCUCCCUUCUUCCUCCAUAACCAUCAAAACAAAUUCUAUGUGAAUAGUGAAUACCUGGUGACUUAAUGAAGGUAAAAAGAGCUUAUUUGUAUGUCUGUUCCCAUCUCUAGCAAGAGUUCUUGGGGAACUGUCGCCGGUCUAAUUGCCGAAUUUGUUAUUUUUGACGUUCGGUCGUCAUUUGAAUUAAAACCGCGUUACGUUCCCUGUUAUUUUUCCGUGUUUCGAUUUAAUGGAAGGCGUUGUAGUGACUGUGGAAAUAAGUCGGGGAACUCGAAAUGCAGGACCGGUUCGUUUAGUAUUUCUAUAUUUUACUCACUAGAUAGAUCAACGUUUUGAUGAUACGGCAACGCCGCGAUAUUUCAACUAGUGGAAUUAACAACAUGGAAGUUUUGUUUAGUGUUUUGCGAAAAUUUCAGGAAACAAUCGAAAUUUACCCUAAUCAUACUUAUCCGGGGCGAGUCCAUAAUGCCGAUGCGACCCCCGAUGAAUGCUAAUAUAAUUCCGAAUUAAACUUUUUGAGCUGUAAAACUCCGGCGGAAUUCGCUGAGAGUUUCUUUCUUGCGAACCGGAAUAGAACGAGACAAGCGCGGAAAACAUUCCAACAACGUAGACACUUUGUGAAACUGUAAUUAGCAAAUUAUGUUUCUUUUUUUCUCUACCAUCGUAUUCCUCCGUUUGCAUAGAAAGCGCCGGAGAACGAAUUAAAU